GGAAAACACUGCUAGCCAUGGACUAGACCGCGCCCACCGUGUGCAAUCUAUUAUUACAAUCGUCUGAGGGCUAGCCUUCCGACUUCCGAAUGGCACCUCGCCAAAAUGGGCCGAUAGCCGUUGAAUUGGCCUGCAGCUAUGCACGUGGUGGGGAGAAAAGCAGUAUAUAGAGGUCGAGGCGGACCGGGUGUCCCUUUUGAACGACUCCAGCUUGACACCAAGUCCUCCCCUGGUCCAGCGAGUUGCACCGACAAGCAGGAUGCGUCUCUCCUUCCUAACUGCUGCUAUUGCAGCCCUGACUAUCACUCCUGUGUCGGCAGACACGCAAGAUGCUGUCGAUGUGCUGGCUAGCAAGGCCUUGGCCACCAAGCGUGCCUAUUUGGCGGCUGAGGGCUCUUCCAACUCCAGCUGCAACAUCAACAAUGCGGCUGUUCGCAAGGAAUGGGGCUCCCUCGCGCCGGAGGACCGCAAGAAGUACACUGAUGCUGUCCUCUGCUUGAUGUCGAAGCCCCCCAAGUCUGACCCGAACUGGGCUCCUGGUGUCCGCAACCGUUAUGAUGACUUCGUGGCGGUUCACAUUAAUCAGACGCUAUAUAUCCACGGCACGGGCAACUUCCUCACCUGGCACCGCUACUUCACCUGGGCCUAUGAGAAUGCUCUGCGUACAGAGUGUGGCUACGACGGCUACCAGCCAUACUGGGCAUGGAACAAGUACGCCGCCAACCCCAUCAACUCGCCCGUUUUUGACGGCACCGAGUACAGUAUGUCUGGUAACGGUGACUUCGUUCCCCACAACGGCACCCCUGCGACUGACUAUACCACCAUCCCGCCGGGUGUGGGUGGAGGUUGUGUCCGCAACGGCCCCUUCGCAAACAUGACCGUCAACCUGGGACCGGUUGAUCCUACCCUGCAGAUCCCUGGCCUCGUAGCCCAGAACGGCAGCGGUUUGGAUUACAACCCCCGUUGCCUGCGUCGUGAUAUCUCUCCUUGGACCGCUCUGGGCUGGACCAAGACUAGCGAUGUCAUGAGCCUAAUUGAGGAGUGCGAUAACAUCUCCUGCUUCGAGUGGACUAUGCAAGGGUUCUUCGAGGAAGGUUUCCUGGGCGUUCACACGGCCGGUCACUUCACCAUUGGUGGUGAUCCGGGUGGUGAUCUGUACGCUUCUCCCGGUGAUCCGGCAUUCUAUGUCCACCACGCUAUGAUUGAUCGCGUCUUCUGGAUCUGGCAGAACCUGAACCCUGCUAACCGCACGUACGUCGUCAAGGGACCCGACUUUAUUGAUGGUCUGAUUGCAUCGCCCAACGCUACUAUUCAUGACCUUCUCUACAUGGGUAACCUGACGGUCUCGCGGGAGAUUUAUGAUGUGCUGGACACCACGGCUGGGACUCCUCUGUGCUAUAUUUAUGAGUAA